AUGGCGGACGGCGGCGAGGGCGAGGGCGAGGCGUCGGUGCGGCGGCGGCGGGGGAGCGGACGCGGAGCGGGGCCGGAGAGCCGGGCGGCGGUUCCAGGUUCAAACAUGGAGAAAAAGGAGAAGCCUCUUCUCAGGCUUAACAUUCAUUCUGCAUUCUGGAUAUUGGCAUCGAUAGCUAUUACAUACUAUGUUGAAUUUUUUAAAACUGUUAAGGACAUUAUUCAAAAAGAAAGUGGGUGGUUUGUUCUCGGCAGCUGCUUAUUAGUUCUCAGUCUGUUGGUGGCCUUUUACUGCGUCAUAUACCUCGACUGCUAUUGUGGAGUUGCAGACUAUGAAACCAGCUAUCCUGCUCUCAUUCCCAUCACAACCGCUAGCUUUAUUGCUUCAGCAGUUUGUUUUAACAUUUCCUUAUGGCCCGUGUGGUCAUUUCUUACGCCUCUGGUGCUCUUCACCCAGUUUAUGGGUAUAGUCAUGCUUGUGUCCCUCUUGGGCUAAAUCUUGCACGGUUCUUCCGACUCUUGAUGUCAGAGUGAAUGGUCUGUAAUUCCCUGGAUUUGAUCAUUUUCCCCUUUCUGAAGUUUGGGGCACCGCUCGCUCUCCACCACUUCAACUUCAGAUAUAAUACAUAAGGGAUCAGCUAGACCAUCAUCAGGUUCCUUCAGUACCAUAGAAGGGAGCUCAUCAGGCCCUGGAGUUUUAACUUACAAAGUAUAUGUUUCUGUCAUUUUCAAACUUCCCUUUUGCUCCUCAUUCUGUUUUUCACAGUUUCUUGUUGAGCAAAACUGAAGCAUCUGCAUUCUAAAAAAGAUAACAAAAAGCUAUGUUUAAACAAAAUGCCAUUCAUUUGUUUGCAGGCUGAACUGCCAACUGGCAGGAUUUGAAGAUCAAACAUGCAGGUAAUAAAGUGUGGACAGUCUAAAAUUUUAUCUUCGAUUUGAGCAAAGCAGUUGGACUAAAAUACAGCUGUGGAAUUAAGUAGCAUUUUGUCAUAUUCUGUGAACUUUUUAAAAGUUUCAGGAUACUUAAAUCAGUACUACUGAUUAUAUGCUGACAUGGAAACAAAAUUAUUGCAUUUGAAUUGAAGAAUUUGAAUUCUUCAUCUACAUGUUUUAUACAAAAUGGUGAACAUAUUAAGUAGGGACUUAGUUACUCAGAAUGCUUGAAUCCCAUCUCUGCCAUAAAUUUACUAGAUGACCUUAGUUAAGUCAAACUCCACUUCAGUGUCCCCUGUAUCUAGUGAUCCUCAAUAUAAUACUGAUUUAUAAUCCAGGAAUUUUAUAAGGAAUAUGAAAUACUUUGAAUGCUUGAAAAUGCUAUUAUAAACAUUAAAUGGUGGCAGGUUCCACUUGGAAGGAAAAGCAGUUUAUAAAUAAAAUUAUUUGCAUGCAUUUGGGAUCUAACUGAAAUUUUAAAAAAAAAUUGGAGCUGCUGU